AACGAACAACACAUGGGACAAUAUGGCGAUGUUCUCGCGCAUGCUAUUCUUGUGCCGUUUGACAGGCCAAUCUUUAGGGUCUGUACUCGGUCACAGCCGUGGAAAAAAACUCACAGCCCAAAGAUGGUAUAUUACUGCCAGUGCAGGGAACAAGCUACAGUUUAAACUUGAUGAGCAGACAGCCCAUAGCAGUCUUGACCUUUUUAAGAAGGACAAGGGUGUGAUCUAUCGAAUGCUAGGUCUGGACCCCUCUGUCAUGCAGGAUACCCCACUCCGAUUCCGGGACUGGGCUGUGGUUCUUGCUGACACCCAGAUUGACUCUGGACGGCACUAUUGGGAGGUCACUGUUCAGAAGUCCCAUGAGUUCCGAGUGGGAGUGGCUGAAGUGUCGACAUCACGCGAUGAAUGUGUGGGCACAAAUUCCACUUCCUGGGUGUUUGCUUAUGUCCAGAGGAAGUGGUUUGCUAUGACCACCGGUAAACAGGUCCCAGUGCCACUGGUGGGGAAACCCGAUCUGGUCGGGCUCUUGCUGGACUAUGAAGCUGGAUGGCUCAGUCUUGUGGACACCCAGAAAGCUGAAGUGGUGCACACUAUAAAAACAAAGUUCCACUCACCCAUCUCUCCUGCAUUUGCACUCUGGGAUGGAGAGCUGCUUACACACUCUGGACUGGAGAUACCACCAGGGCUUCAGUGACACACACUUGCUUAUUCACACAUGGAUGCUACAUGCCUCUUAAUGGAUAAAGGUGGAACAGAGGCUUUAUGGAAAGAAGAAAGCAAUUGUGAUGGGAACAGGACUUUCAAAUUUCUGUCCUAAACUAACUGAACUAAGCUGAGAAAUGUGCCCAGAUCUGUCUGUAUGUUUGAGGAGAAUAUCCUCACACCUUACUGAUUGUGAUAAUGCAGAUGAACUAAUUAAUCUGUAUAUACACAUAUACUCUAAGAAUACUUGAUACUCUUAAGUCCAUUUUCAUUUUAUGUUUCGCAUCGGUGCUCGAUUAGUGUGUUGAAUUCAGCUAUAUGAGAGAAGUUUUUCUAUAAAAAUAUGCUCUUCACCAGUAAUAAUUCUUUAUUUACAGUUCAUACACUCCAUCAUCCUUUGUCUUUGUCUGUUUCUUUCUGUACACUUUACAUACUGUAUACUUGUUUCACAUUCAUCUAGAACAAAAACACACUGUAACCUAACCUACAUUUUAUUUCCCUGUCCAAUCCAAGUUCAAUUUUAUAUCCAGCAAUAAAGUUUGCAGACAUUCAAGGCUCAAAUACCAUUUAUUUCGUGCAAAAUAAGAUCCUUGCUCAGUCUUAAACAGCAGGCUCAGUUAAAGCUUUUGUGCCCUAUAAUAAAUUACAUUUUUAAAUGACUUAAUACUUUACAAAAAUGUCUAUUAACAAGCUUAAGAAAUUCAAACAUCUUAAGAAAAGUACAAAUAUACAAAUAAAUGCUCAAAAUGUUUAGCUCAAGAAUAUAAAUAGCCCAAAUGUAAUGGAAAGCCUCCUCACAACUUGGUUAUAUCAUAAGUAGUCUACGGGAUCUACACUUUAAUGUGUUUCCACACUUGUCUUGAAAGCUAGCUUGUUAAAUGAACACUUAAGUGUGCAAUAUGCAUUUGACUUUUUACUUUGGUAAUGACUAUCUUUGGAGUGUAAGGAUCAGAUAUAACAGAAAAUAAUUCAAGUGCACUUAGAAUAACCAUUUCUAAAUUGGUCCAAGCACAAACCAAACAGUCCUUGAAGGACUGUACUAAAGAAUUCUAAGUACUUGGUAGUUUCAUAUUCCACAGUAGAUUGAAAUGAGCUCAAAGUGAUAUAGAAAAGAGCAAAACUACAGUAAUGAGUCUAAUGACUCUUAUUAGAGAACAGGGAGGUCUAAAUACAGCAGAGCUUUUGUGUGAAUCAUAGCACUAUAUCACUGUGCAGGCACAGUAAUGCCUGUCUUUGUCAAAAAUGUGGGGGCUCACACCCACAUGCUUCCCUGGAGUCACAAGAGACAGAGA